AUGUUUGCCCUCAUCCUCGCCGGCCUCGCGGUCGCGCACGUCUCGGGACGCGCCGUCGUCGAGGUCGACGCGAAAGGCGGCUACGGCAAUCAAUUGUUUGAGUUCGCGUCGUGCCGCGCGCUUGCAUUGAGAGCCGGCGCGGCCUUUCGCGCCGACACGCAAGGCAAAUACGCCGGCGUCUGCCUGACGCACGACCAUAUUGACGGAUGCGGGCUCCCAAAGCCCGCCACCUACCGGACGGUGCCUCUGAAGGGCUCGCGGAGCUGGUGGGACGGCCGUCGACAUGAGAGCGAGGUCCAGACCGUUCGUCGAAGUGUGAACACCAACAGCCUAUUCCAAUGCUCGGGGUAUCGGCAGAGCGCGUCGUACUUCGCGAACGUGCCGUCCGUCUCCUCAAAAAUCAGGGGCGAGCUCGGGCGCUUCACCGAGACUAUUAUGGAGAAGGCGUCGGCGCUCUGGGAGACCUCCAUCCAACCCAUCGGCAAGGAGCUCGCCGGAGGCGAUAUAAAAUACGUGGCCCUCUACCACCGCCGCGGCGACGCCUACAGCAGUACCGAGAGGAAGAACCCCUACCGCUUCUGCCUACCCGGCGAAGAUUUCUACAAGAACGCCGUCAUGGCGUUCCGCGAGCGCUACGGCGGGAGCGGCAUCCUCUACGUGACCUCGAGCUUCCACCGCGAGAAUGAAAAUGAUAUGCUGGCCCGGGCGGUCGCCCUAGAGCCGACGUGCCUGGCGAGGCCCUGGGCCGCGGCGUGGGAGCUGUACGUCGCACACGCUUCGACGCGGGGCUACGCGGCGCACCUCGUGCCGCGGCCGUGCGCCGAGAAGCUCUCGGGGUCGUGCCUGCCGGCCGCGUGCGCGGAAUAA